AUGCUUUCUAACAGCUUUAUCUGCCUGUCCGCCACCUUCAAAGCUGUUCUCUCUCCUGGUCCAGAUGAUGCUGAUGUGUUAAGGGGCCUGCAGUGCAUACAGGACGCCAACCAAGCCAACGGGGACAAAGGCGGCCAUGAGAGCCCGGCAGAGAAGUGGGAGGAGUUGCUCCCUCAGGACACGUCUUUGAAUCUAACCCCCGAAGAGAAAGGGAACAAAGAGUUUCUCAAAGUCUUGUUCGAAACAGUGCUGCUGCUGGGCAGGCAAAACGUGCCUCUGGGGGGGUGCAGCAGUGAGGACACAGCCAGCCCCUGCUGCGCCCCCAAUAACAUCCGCGCCUUGCUGGAGUUCAGGAUGAAUGCUGGUGACGAGAUCCUCAGGAAACGGUUUGAGACCAUGGCCGAGGACAAGGAGUAUUGCCCCAAAAACCUGCAGAGAGACCUGUUGGCCAUCUGUGAGAUGUGCAUCCGGGAGGAGGUGCUACGGGAGAUGAGGGAAAACUUCUUCUCCAUCGUGACGGACGAGGUGGUGGACAUCUCGGGCCUGGACCACAUGUCUCUCCACGUGCGCUUUGUGGACGACAUGGACUGCCUGAGGGAAGAGUUCCUGGGGUUUAUACAGUGUGAGCUCGAGGGGGAAGCCCUGGCUGACCGGCUGCAGGAGACCCUGACGGAGAAAUGGGGGCUGAACAUGGACAACUGCAGGGGCCAAGCGUACAAUGGUUCGGGCUCCAUGUCCUACAAGAAGCACGCGCUGGCCAGCAAGAUCUUACAGCAGUAUCCCAAGGCACUGUGUACGUCCUGCUCUUCCUACCCCCUGAACAUCUGGAUCGCCAAGUCCACCCCCAUAUUCAGUGUCACCAUGGUGCUGAGCCUGAUGGACAGUGUCCAGGCCUUCUUUAGCCUCUCCUCCCAGCUUCAGACAGCCCUAGAGGCCAGCAUCGACGGGGCCUUCCAGGCCACAGCCGAGAGAGCCAAGGAGCUGAAGAGUGUGUGUCAGGGCAGCUGGACAGAGAGACACGACACCUUCGAGUUCCUGACUGAUCUGUAUGACGUGCUGGUGACCUGCCUGGACGGCGUGAGUUACAAUAUCUGUGGCAAGUGGAGUGCUUACAUGGUGACACAGGCCAGCAUGCUGUCCUCCACCAUGAGGGACUUCGAGAUGGUCAUGUGUCUGGUGGUGAUGAAGAACGUGCUGGCCUACACCAGGGCCUUUGGUAAGAACCUGCAGGGCCAUGCCGCAGACACCUACUUUGCCUCGGGCACCCUGACAGCUGUGCUGCACUCACUGAACGAGAUGAGGGAGAAUCUGGAUGUUUACCACGAGUUCUGGCUGGAGGAAGCCACACACCUGGCCCACAAGAUGGCCAUCGAGAUGAAGGUUCCCAGACGCUGCCGCAGGCAGGUUACCGAGGGGUCGUCCGAGGAGUCGCCCGAUCACUAUUACAGGGAGGCCCUGACCACUCCGUUCCUGGACUACGUGAUCGCGGAGGUCAAGGGCAUGUUCUGUGAGGAGCAGCUGAAAGCCCUCAAGUGUCUGUCACUGGUGCCCUCUGUCAUGGCCCAACUGAAGUACAACACCACAGUGGAAAUCACAGCCAAUCUUUACAAGGAUGACCUCCCCAACCCAGACACACUCUCUGCCGAGCUUCACUGUUGGAGGAUCAAGUGGAAGCACAGGAGCCGGGAUGUGGAGCUGCCAAAUACGGUAUUUGACACUCUGCGGCAUCCGGACAUCAAGUUCUUCCCCAAUGUUUACACGCUGCUGAAGAUCGUGUGUAACCUGCCCAUCAUCAAGGUGGGCAGUGAGAGGAGCGAGGUGGGGCGCAGACGGCUGAAGGCCUACCUCAAGGCCACACCCGUGGAGGAGAGAGCCAGCAGCCUGGCCCUCAUGCACAUCAACUAUGAUGCCAAGCACGACUUUGACAUGAUGGUGGACACCUUCGCCAAGCUGUACCCGGAGAAGAUGCAACUGCCUAAUGUGCUGGACUUCCUGGAGGCCUGCGAUCAGGACAGCGGGGAGAUGGAGGUGGCCACGGGAAACGGGGAGCUGGAGGGCGGAGUCCAGCUGGGCGCCAUUCAGAAGCCAAUGGCAGUCACCAGUGCGGAGCUGCCCAGGGAGGUGGAGAGCAUGGAGGGAGCGACUGGUCAAACGGCGGAGACUGAGGUGGAGGUGAGCCCACGUCCAGCAGGAGGCGCUGUGCGUUCUCCAGCUCCCACUUCAGUGUGUGUGGUGGAGGCGUCUGGUGAACAGGCGGAGAGCGAGGUGGAGGGUGACGAGGGGAGCGGCCUGGCUGUGUCUGAGCACUUGGGGAGCCAGGCAGAGGGACACAGUGUGGGGGUGUCCGGGGAUGGGGGGCUGGAGGUCACCCAGCACCAUCUGGCAGGAAGUGUGAUCGAGCUACAGCACCACCUCGCGGGACAGAUGGUGGAACUGCAGCAUCACCCUGUGGGCACCGUCAUUGAGUUACAGCUGCGGCCAACGGGCAUCGUGGUGGAGUUACAGGAUCACCAGGCCGGCAGCGUGGUCCAUCUGCAGGAAUGUCAGCCGGGGAGCGUGGUGCAACUGCAGGAAUGUCAGCCGGGGAGCGUGGUGCAACUGCAGGAAUGUCAGCCGGGGAGCGUGGUGCAACUGCAGGAAUGUCAGCCGGGGAGCGUGGUGCAACUGCAGGAAUGUCAGCCGGGGAGCAUCGUUCAAUUGCAGGAAUGCCCAGCGGGCAGUGUGGUUCAGUUACAGCAAUGCCCGGGAGGAAGCGUGGUUCAAUUGCAGCAAUGCCAUGCGGGGAGUUUGGUCCAAUUGCAGGAAUGUCCUGCAGGGAGCAUUGUACAAUUGCAGGAAUGUCCAGCAGGGAGUAUGGUUCAAUUGCAGGAAUGCUCCUCAGGGAGCGUGGUUCAAUUGCAGGAAUGUCUGGCAAGGAGCAUUGUACAAAUGCAGGAAUGUCCUGUGGGGCAAGUCGUAAAACUGCAGCCGCGGGAGGUCAGUGAUAAAUCAGAUGCCCAUGCUAUAGGCGGCGCUGUUAACUCGGAGUCCUUUGUGGUAGAGGGUACCUUUAUACCAGACAUCACUGCAGGGGGGGACUGUGCGGAGGGGGAAACUGCUACGCCGGACACCUGUGUGAUAGAGGGCACUGUUACACUGGACACACAUGUGGAGGGGGGAUCUGUUAAUCCAGAAACUUGUGUGACGGGUGGCACAGUUACCCCGGACACUUGCGUGACAAAUGGCACAGUUACCCCAGAUGUCUGCCCAGCAGUGGAUACUGUAAACCCAGACACUUAUGUGGAGGGUGGCACGGUUACCCCGGACACUUGUGUGGAGGGUGGUAUGGUUACCCCGGACACUUGUGUGGAGGGUGGUAUGGUUACCCCGGACACUUGUGUGGAGGGUGGUAUGGUUACCCCGGACACUUGUGUGGAGGGUGGUAUGGUUACCCCGGACACUUGUGUGGAGGGUGGUAUGGUUACCCCGGACACUUGUGUGGAGGGUGGUAUGGUUACCCCGGACACUUGUGUGGAGGGUGGCACAGUUACCCCGGACACUUAUGUGGAGGGUGGCACAGUUACCCCGGACACUUAUGUGGAGGGUGGCACAGUUACCCUCGACACUUGUGUGGAGGGUGGUAUGGUUACCCCGGACACUUAUGUGGAGGGUGGCACAGUUACCCCGGACACUUGUGUGGAGGGUGGCACGGUUACCCCGGACACUUGUGUGGAGAGUGGCACAGUUAUCCCAGACACUUGUGUGGAGGGUGGCACAGUUACCCCAGACACUUGUGUGGAGGGUGGCACAGUUACCCCAGACACUUGUGUGGAGGGUGGCACAGUUACCCCAGACACUUGUGUGACGGGUGGCACAGUUACCCCAGACACUUGUGUGACGGGUGGCACAGUUACCCCAGACACUUGUGUGGAGGGUGGCACAGUUAUCCCAGACACUUGUGUGGAGGGUGGCACAGUUACCCCAGACACUUGUGUGGAGGGUGGCGCAGUUACCCUGGACACUUGUGUGCAAAGUGGCUCAUUUACCCCGGACGCUUGUGUGGAGAGUGGCACAGUUACCCCGGACGCUUGUGUGGAGGGUGGCACAGUUACCCCGGACAUCUGCCUGGCAGAGGAUACUAUUAAUCCAGACACUUGUGUGAGGGACAGAGAUACCCUGGACACCUAUUCCACUGAAGGCACUGUUACACUGGACCCUCAAGCAAUAGAAGACUGCGUUAAUCAGGAGACCCGUGUGACAGGGGACGCUGUUCAGCCGGACGCCUAUCACUCUGAGGAAGCUAUAGAGUGCGAGCAAAAGCCGGAGAACCUCCCUAUAGAGGCAGACAUCGAGGGCAUGAGCUCCCAGGGUGUGGACAAACACACCACAGACACUUUGGGGGGUAACAGUCCGGCUGUGAACAGUACAGACGUGAACAAUUCAGAAACGCCCGUUCCUGGUGUAAGUAAUGUAAAUAGUUCAGAAGUUGCAGUAAAGUAAAGCAUUUUGUUGUCAUACUUUCAGCUGUUGUUCAUAAUCUCAUGCUCAUUGUUUUAAUCUUGUGGCCAACUCUUAAGGAGUCCUGUUCGUUCUUUCCCAAGAUGGUUAAUUCAGAGGGUAAGGAGAUUAAAAUGUUAUGGUGGUUCCCUUUUUAUAACCCA